AUGUGUCCCCUGCAGCGUCCCCGGCCAUCUCCUCUGGCCGAUGCCAACAUCUGGCUUCUGUGUUCCAGUCCCUGUGACGUCGGGAUGUACGGGCGCCGCCGGCGGCGGGAAAUUUGAAAAUUUUAAAAAGUCAUUUUGUCAUUGCUGUUUCAACCCAUUUCACAUACAUUUUGUCCCGAGUGCUUUGUCCUGUGCCCUGCCUGCAUUUUGUCUGUUCUCUCUGCCUGGAAACUGAGAAACGUCCAUGGCGUCCAAAAAGUGUCCCUUUAGGUCAAAAGCGGGUUUAGAUCAGCUAGAGAACAGAGAUAGUAAAUCAGAACCACUUGCAGAAUUGA